AUGGCGACCAACCGUGUCCCUGUAGAUUACGAAGUCCCGCCUUUCCCAUCCCUCUACAACCCUCUUCCUCCCGGCCGCUACGAGGCAUACUACCUCUACUACACAGAAGAUAUCUGGAGAUUCACUCUGUAUUGGUCGUUUAUUUUUUAUGCGGCUACCCAUGCUACUGUGGCUGCCUGUGCUAUGGCCAUCCAAUGCCGAAACUGGAGGAUCUUCUGGGCUCUCCCGAUCAUAUACCUUAUCAUAGGAGGAUUAGAAGCUUUCUUAGCUGGGAGUAUCGUCGGUGGAAUUGUCGGAGCGACCUAUGAGGCAGGAAAUUUCAGAAUGUCAACUUGGACGCCUAUGAUCUGGGCAGGAAUUAACGUGAUGAUUUUGGCGCUCUCGAGUUUCCCUAUUCAAGGUGGGCUUUGAAGCGAUCUCUCUAUUGACCUGGUGGUCUGAUGGUGACGACGUCCGUC